UUGAAAACGGAUCGGGCAGCUAUGCCGUGGAGCAGCCGAGGCGGAGUAUGUAGAAGCUUAUAGCAGUGCUGUCCGCAGGCGCUGAGAGACACCGGCCAGUCAACAAAGAAAGCGGAGAGCACUCGGCGAAGAACAAGACAAGGGCCUCCAUCGAAUUUCCGCCAGCCGUCGAAUUCUCUGUUUGGCUAGCGAGUGGCACAUCUCCAGCAAUGUUUUCAGCCGCUUGAUCGCCGGGAAUUAAUUCCACCUUUUUUAUUUGCAUGAAAUAAAGCAGCCUAUCAAAACACGGGUCGCGAUGAUUUUGUUAGCAUUCAAUAGUAGAAGACAUUUGACCAGUCUCUGUCAAGACUCGCUUUGCUUGCACUUCAUUCUGUGGAUUUUAACGUUAUGUGCGGUCCACGCAGAGGAGCGACCGUUCAGUGUUGAGGGUUGGCUGCAGCGCUAUGGCUACCUGCCGGCGUCGGACCCGCGCGUGUCUCUGCUGCGCUCCUCGCAGACGCUCCAGUCUGCCAUCGCUGCCAUGCAGCGCCGCUACGGCCUGCCCGUCACUGGGGCCCUGGACACCAACACCGUCGAUUGGAUGAAGAAGCCUCGGUGUGGUGUGCCUGAUCAGUUCGGGGGUGCUUCCAAAUUCAAUGUGCGGAAACGACGCUAUGCCUUAACAGGACAGAAGUGGCAGCACAAGCACAUAACCUACAGCGUCAAGAACUUCACGCCGAAGGUCGGCGAGAAGGAAACCCACAACGCCAUCCAGCGGGCCUUCCAGGUGUGGCAGAACGUCACGCCGCUGCGCUUCCAGGCCGUGCCCUACCGGGAAUUAGAGCGCAGCAAGCGGGACGUGGACAUCACCAUCAUCUUCGCCUCGGGUUUCCAUGGUGACAGCUCUCCUUUCGACGGCGAGGGGGGCUUCCUUGCGCACGCCUACUUCCCUGGCCCGGGUAUCGGAGGCGACACACACUUCGACUCGGACGAGCCCUGGACACUGGGAAACCCCAACCAUGAUGGUAACGACCUGUUCCUGGUGGCGGUGCACGAGCUGGGCCACGCGCUGGGCCUGGAGCACUCCAACGACCCCACGGCCAUCAUGGCGCCCUUCUACCAGUACAUGGACACCGACAACUUCCACCUGCCCCAGGACGACCUGCUCGGCAUACAGAAGAUCUACGGACCCCCGGACAAAAACACCCACCCCACCCCGCCGCUCACCACGGCCUCCCCUCCCCGUUCCCACCCGAGGCCAGACCCGAGGAUAGACCACCCCCAGACGAGGCCCCCGCCCAUCCCCCCCAACGACCGGCCCUCCAACCCCAACGGCAAACCCUACAUCUGCGACGGCAACUUCAACACCCUGGCCAUCCUUCGACGGGAGAUGUUUGUUUUUAAGGACCACUGGUUCUGGCGUGUGCGUGAUAAGGUGGUGAUGCCCGGCUACCCCAUGCUCAUCAGCAUGUUCUGGAGGGGCCUGCCACCCAAGAUCGAUGCUGUUUACGAGAACGGCGAGGGGAAGUUUGUCUUCUUUAAAGGAAAGCAGUUCUGGGUGUUCAGGGACACUAUCCUACAGCCUGGCUACCCUAAAGACAUCACCCAGUUUGCACGGGGAAUGCCUCAACAGAGCAUAGAGACAGCUGUCAGCUGGGAUGACGUGGGCAAAACCUACUUCUUCAAGGAAGACAGGUACUGGAGGUUCAGUGAAGAGUUGAACACUAUGGACCCUGGCUACCCUAAAUCCAUCACCGUGUGGAGGGGAGUACCAGAGGCACCACAGGGGGCGUUUGUGGACAAGGUCAAGGGCAUCACCUACUUCUACAAGGACAAGGAGUACUGGAAGUUCAACAACGAGCUGCUGCGCGUGGAGCCGGGCUACCCGCGCUCCAUCCUCAAGGACUUCAUGGGCUGCGAAGACCCGCCGCCGCCGGGCACGGGCCCCGACGGCAAGCAGCCGCCCACGCAGGACGGCGACGAGGAGGUGGUGAUCCCGCUGCCGCGCCAGGACGACUCGCUGCUGCUGACGGCCGUGCUGGUGCCCUGCACGCUGGCGCUGUGCGUGCUGGCCCUCAUCUCCACCCUCUGCUACUUCCGGCGGGCGGGCACGCCGCGCCACAUACUCUACUGCAAGCGCUCCAUGCAGGAGUGGGUGUGAAGAACCUUGACCCGACCACAUGGUUGGCGCUACUACGCUAGAGUGUGGGUAAUGGUCGAUGUUGAUGCUGAUGCAGUGCAGUGCGGUGACUUGAUGACUCGAUCGAUGACUCAAAUCGGUGCCCAAUCGGAUGCCGUCAGUUUUGUGCCCCAACCCAACGGCCUUUUUGGGGAGGAUAGGGAAGGGGGCUUAUAGCUGACCUGACAGGCCCCUUCCAAAAAUGGAAGGGGUAACGCCCAUACACAAACCCCCACCCCAACCCCAUGUCCCUUACCCUACACAAACCAGACCCCCUAGCCCUCAAAUCAAUGCCUAUUAACCCCCACUCCCAGCCCACCCUUCUACGCCCCACACAAGGCCCCCAGGCCUCAAUUCAAUCCCUGUUACCCAUAUCCCUACCUAUCCUAUCCUAUCUCCCCUACUAUGAGACUGGGCAGGUUCCCGCUCCAACUACCCAAGGUGCAUUGCAGACUAGAUCUGAAUGGUGUUCAGCGGACUCUGCUGUCAACCGAUCUCCUGCACGCUGAAAAGGUUUGACAUGGAGGAAAAAAAAUCUAGAACAUGAAAGAACAUGAAGGAUGCUGGAACUCAAAGAGAGUUCACAACUUGAAGCUUUUUGUUUCCCGUUUUAUCGUUUUUGUUUUCAUUUUGUUUCUUUUAAUCAAAUGUAAUUUAUUUUUUUGAAUGACGUUUUUACUCUUCCCUUUAAAAAACAGUCUUGAGGAGAAGCAAAACCAAAUAAGACUUUUGUCUCCAAAGAGAAGCUUGUUGUUCUUUUCUUUUUUUUCUUCUUGCUGUCUCGUUCUCUUCGAAAUGUUUUUUUUUGUUCCUCCCUACUCUGACAGAGUCAGGAAAUUUGACUGUUGUGGCAGUCUGUCUUAAAGAAAAAAAAAAAAAGAAACAGGGGCCAAGAUAUUCUGCAAUAUUUUAACCGCCUUAAUUACACAUCCUGUUCUUCAUGACAGAGCGUGUCUCUAUAUCUCUCUCUGUCUCUCUUGUUCGCCUUGGUUUUUGUUGUCUGUGUUUUUUUGUUUUGUUUUGUUUGUUUUUGCUCGUCUGUUUGUUCUGCUGCGCAAAUCUGGCGAUGCCGCAUAGUUUUUUCCGUGUUUCUUUUUUUUGGCUAGCCGUUUGCCAGGGAACGGUGGCAGGGUUUGCCAAACGGUCAGGAACUAAAAAAAACAACAACUGACUCUUGACUUUGACCGUAAGUCUGACCCCUACACCAGCCUUGACCACUGUCGUGUCCCUGGAUCACUUCGCUCAUCCGCUGUGCCAGGACUACAGACUGCAGCCCCUCCCCAUAAAGACACACACACACACACACACACACACACACACACACACACACACACACACACACACACACACACACACACACACACACAGGAACGGAGGCCAGCUGAGUCUCCUGUUGGGUAUCGUCACAUUAGACAGAAUGUGUGCGUGGCCCCAUAUGACCGGAAUAUCAGGACACACACACACACACACGCACACACACACACACACACACACACACACACACACACACACACACACACACACACACACACACACACACACACACACACACACACACACACACACUCCUCAGGACUUGUGCACUCUCUGGAACCACUUCACUAUUGCAUCUUCUGGUUGUCAAGCGAAACGAAACCCAGAACUUGGCCACAUAUCAUAACUGAAGAUGAUGUCGCGGAAGGAUGCAUCAUAUUUUGUUUUUCUUUUUUUUCCUUUCUUUCCAUUUUUAUAAAAGCCUGAAGGAAUCUGUUUUCUGUUGUUUUGUUUUUUUUCGCCCAUUGCAAUGGGAGGAUGGGACUCCAUGAAUCGUUGCCUCUGUUAUGUAAAAAAAAUAACAUACAUAUUUCUUUGUAGUUCUUGGUACAGUGAAAACAAAACAUUUCUUUCAACCUCAAGAUUCCAAGUGGUACAAUUAAAAAAAUAUAAAUAUAUAUAUUCCAGUGAGCAAAGCCAUUGUUUUUCUAAAGUAAGACUUGAAAACGAAACAGUAGAUGGACUGAGCAUGAAUCACAUCUCUCAGUCCGUCUUGCCAGCGUUGGCAGUGGUAAAUAUGGCCAUGGCAUGGUUUGAAUGAUGGUUGGGGGAAAAUGCAUAGAAAAUGUCUCAAUGACUUUUUUCUGUACAACUCAGACUGGGACCAUGGAGAAGCCCUGAAGAAGUGAAU